UUAUGGAUAUGAUGAAACAAGACAGAAAGUUUUGUAGAGAUAUAUGGCGGGGAAUGCUGACGUGCGCAGGACGGUGAUGUUCCCAUCCUUCUUGUUCGUGACAUUACUUGUGGCUUUGAGUAAUGCUCCGGUGGGUGACGCCAUAUGGUUGAAUCUUCCCUCCACGGGCACCAAGUGCGUCUCCGAGGAGAUCCAGAACAACGUCGUCGUUUUGGCUGACUAUGUUGUCGUUCCCGAGGAUCACGGCCACAUCCCUGCCAUUUCCGUCAAGGUGACAUCCCCUUAUGGAAACAAUCUUCAUCACAUGGAGAAUGUGACGCAUGGUCAAUUUGCAUUCACAACUCAGGAGGCUGGCAAUUACCUAGCAUGUUUCUGGUCGGAGAGCCAUACUCAAGGAGGUGGAGAAGCUAGUGUCAACAUUGACUGGAAAACUGGUAUUGCAGCUAAAGAUUGGGAGUCAGUGGCCAGAAAAGAAAAAAUUGAGGGCGUUGAGCUUGAGCUGAGGAAACUUGAAGGAGCAGUGGAAGCCAUUCAUGAGAAUUUACUCUAUUUGAAAAGCAGAGAAGCAGAAAUGAGGACAGUGAGUGAGACCACAAACGGCAGAGUCGCGUGGUUUAGCAUGAUGUCUUUGGGUAUUUGCAUCGCUGUUUCAGGUCUGCAAGUGUGGUACUUGAAGCGAUUCUUCCAAAAGAAGAAGCUCAUCUAAAGCCUAAACAUUGAUUGGUAGAUGGGGAAAUUCAAAAACCUGUUUUCUUUUCUCUUUGUUUUUCUUUUCAUGUAUGUUGCUGAAGGAAAAUUUUGAUACCAUUAAAAGAGCAUUAGUAACAUUUACUAUCAUAAAAGAGAAAUGGCUUAGUUUCCAUCCUUAACAGACAUGACUAAUGCAUAUACUACAUUUUGACACCCAACCUCUUCUUUCUAAAUUGGUUUCAUCUGAUUUGCCUACCAAUGGCAUGUCUUUGGUGUCAUUAAAUUAUGAAGCAGAGGGUAGGUCACCAAACCAUCCAGUCUUGAGAGAAUAACUUGAUGCUUUUGGUUGGAUGCUCUCUAAAUUUUUUUAAUGGCAGUGGCCAUAGCUUGAGAAUCAAUAUGGAUUUACACAUUGCUUAAUAAUGUGGUUACAAUAUGUCAAACCAAAUUGAAAGUCCUCUCUCUUGUUAUUGGAUGCCCCAAAAGAACAUGGUGACAAGAAAGAAAUGACAACGAAAAAUCUCAUACCAAUUUGAAAACAUGAGAUUAUAAAAAGGAUAACAAAAUUAAAAAAAAAAAUAAA